CCGACCAAACCUAUAUCUAACACAUCGCAACAAGUGACUAGCAAAGCAAAGCUAUCUAUUCUCCAAUUCGCAGUUCUCUUUGCGUCUAUCCGCUGAUCGGAUUUGCAAAUCCAAACAUAAGCACAUGGACUCAUCGCAGAAUAACUCUGUCGGCGGCAACGGAAUAAUAAACCCUAAGUCCAACGACGCAUCACCGGCCGAUUCGACGGCCGCUGCUGCUUCCACCGCCGGUUCACCGGCCGAGGAGUCAAAACAAAAUCUCAAUCAAGUCAUAAAUUCGAUCGACAAAACCCUAGGAAUUCUCCACCAGCUUUAUCUCACCGUCUCUUCUUACAAUGUUUCCUCUCAACUUCCCCUUCUUCAACGUCUGAACAAUCUUGUGCUGGAGCUGGAUAAUACGGCGAAAUUGGGAGAAAAAUGCAAUAUUCAAGUGCCUAUGGAGGUUCUGAACUUGAUUGAUGAUGGGAAGAAUCCAGAUGAAUUUACGAGGGAUGUGUUGAAUAGUUGCAUUGCCAAGAACCAAGUCACUAAGGGGAAAACAGAUGCAUUCAAGGGUUUGCGAGGGCAUCUCCUGGAGGAGCUUGAACAGGCUUUCCCUGAGGAAGUGGAAGCUUAUAGGGAAAUUCGUGCAGCUUCUGCAGCCGAAGCAAAACGGUUGGCUCAAGCACAAAGUCUGUUACCAAAUGGAGAUGUGAAGUUACCUUAAUCGCAGGUGACUUACUAGAGAAAUCAGUUCCCCUUUGUAUGGCGAGAGAUUGCAGAGACAGGAGUAUACUAGUUUUGGGACUUGGAGUUGAGUAACCAACAGAGCGAAGAUAUAUUCAAUCUGGGUUGAUGCAGUUGAUAUGACUAAUGAGAAUUCUUGGGCAUGUAGUUUGAAGUGUUCUGGAAACACUAUUUCUGCAUCGAAGUAUUUUGGAGUAUGUGAGAGAAAUAUCCUUAGUUAGGCCUCUUAAGUUUAGAUGGUGCUUUUUUAUGAGUAGUUUGACCAAUGGUUUCGGUUAAAAAUUUACCAUUUUUUUUUGGCGUUGAGAUGACCAAUUACGAGGAAAGGAAAAACGAAAAUCAGAGUGAUAAUUCAAAAUCUAAUUUUGUACCUCUAGGAUGCACGAAGUAGUAGUGCUGUAAUUCUCAACUAUCUUACGUUGACGUAUCUAAGGAAAGGAUUUUCUCUC